GGAAGGUGCUCCCCUGCAAGGCUCCUCUCGUGCAGCGGCACGGCUCCUGCUGCCAAACCCCCGGCGAGGAGCGCCAGGCCUCGAGGGCGGCCGUCGGGGCUCUCCAGGCGCCCCCGGACCGUCCAGACCUCACCGGCUGCGCCACCGCCGUCCCGGGGCUUCGCUCGCCGCGGCCCGCCGCACCCAGCAUGGCCGCGCCGCGCUGCCCGCCACGCCCAGCAUGGCGGCCCCGCGCCCGUUACCCCCAAGAUGGCCGCCCGGCCCCGUCCGACCCUCCCGCGCCCAAGAUGGCCGGCCAGGCAGGCUGCGCGCCGCGCCCAACAUGGCGGCCGCCUCCCGCCAGGCCCCGCCCACGAAGGGGUGUGACGUCACGCACGGGCGGCGGAAGCGGCGGCGGGGAGCGCAUGGAGGCGGGCGAGCGGCGGCCGGCGGUGGCGGCGACGCUGCGGGCCCUGAACGGGGCGCUGGGGCGGCCGGCCGCGCCCUGGGUGAAGGAGACCGGCGCCCGCCACCUGCGGCACCGCGACUUCCUGGCGCCGUGGGCCGCGCUGCGGGCCGCCUUCGGCGGGGGGCAGGUGCCCGCUGACGUCAUGGCGCGUGUGACGUCACUCUCGGGCCCGGAAGUGCUGCCACUGGGCGAGUGCCAGGAGACCUCGGCGGGGCUGGCAGUGCAGGUGCAGCGCCCCGAGGCCUUCCAGCGGCUGCUGGGCGCCCGCCCCGCGCCCGCCCCGGCGUCGGCGUCACCACCGAUGUCGGUGGUGCUGCACUGCCCGGGUCUGCGCGGCCCCGGCGCCGCCCUGGCGCCCCGCCACCUCCGCCCCGUGCUGCUCGCCGACCACCUGGCCGAGGUGCUGACCGCCCAGGGGGCCAGCGUGUGCCUGGUGCCCGCCCCGGGCGACGAGGCCAGCUGGGAGGUGCUGCGGCGGCUCCGCGUCGCCUGGCCUGGUGGCUGCCCCGGCCCCGCGGACGCCAUCCCGGCCCUGAAGCGGGCCCUGGUGCAGUCGCCCUAUGCCACGGCUGGCGAGUGGGGGCCAGGCGCGGCCGCGCUGCCUGAGGGCGUCCUGGCUAAAGUGGACCUGAAGAGCUUCGUGGAGCGGCAGCGCCUGGAGGGCUACGACCCCAAUCUGGACGUCCUUCUCGUGACGGAGGAGAAGCUGCGGUGCCUGGCAGAGCUGCAGCAGGCCGUCCUGCAGUGCGUGGCUGGUGGCCAGGGAAGCUGCUGCCACGUGGUGCAUGUGGUGAGCUGCGAGGAGGAAUUCCAGCAGCAGCAGAUGGAUCUGCUCUGGAGGAUUUUGGAUCCGGGAGCCCACACAGCCCUGCAGAAACACCUUGUCUGUGGACCGGUGAAGGUGGCAAAGCCCUCGUCCCCUGUUGGGACGGACCAGUACUUCCAGCUCCGAAAGCGCCAGAUGUACGAAGCCUCUGUGAUGAAGUAUGGGGAACUUGCUCAAGACGAGGCCUGGACUGAAGUUAUUGAUGUCCUGACAGCGGCUGCCAUCAGGUUCGAGAUGCUGAGCACUGCCCACCGGAGUCAGAUCGUCCUGGACCUGGAGGACAGCAGCAUCUCCACAAAGGGAACCAAGAGCGGCGCCUUCGUGAUGUACAACUGUGCCCGGCUGGCCACGCUCUUCGACACCUACCAGCGGGCCGUGGAGCGAGGCACGUACCCCCCCUUGCCGCCACCAUCAGAGCUGAACUUCUCCUGCCUCCGGGAAGAGGGCGAAUGGCUCCUGCUCUUCAACUAUCUCCUGCCCUUCCCCGAAGUCUUGCAGCAGGCAGCACAGCUGCCCCUACCCAGUAAGGGGAUCCGGAUCACAGCCAGCACGGAGACGACGGCCCAAGAGCAGACGAGCCCCACAGUGCCGGCACUCGCUCUGUGUGCUGCAGGUGUGCAAGUUCCUGAUCCAGCUCAGCAUGGAUUUCAGCUCCUACUACAACCGUGUCCACAUCCUGGGGGAGCCGUUCCCUCACCUCUUUGACCAGAUGUUUGCUCGCCUCCAGCUGCUGGCAGCGGUGAGGGACAUGUUCCACAGCGCCCUGGCGACUCUGCACCUCCCGCCUCUCAGCCAGAUUUGAGCUGCUGCUGGACAGAAGCGCCAUGCGGGACGGGGCAGUGCAUGCUCUCCCGGGAGGGCCAGGGGCUGCCGCUGGCCACGGAGGGGAGGGUUUGGGUGCGUGCGCCCAGGGCGAGCCUGCGAGCCGGGAGGAGGAGAGCUGGCACCGUCUGUGCCCACCAGGCCGUGGGGCACAGCGGAGGAGGCCGGGGGAGGCGAGGACGCACCAGGGAGCAGGGCACCCACAAUACCAAACACCAGCCACCCUCCCCUCAACGCUGUUUAUUGACGGGUAGCUCUGUGCCGGCACAGAGCGCCUGGGGCUGCGUGGCCCCUGCCUUGCCCAGGGCCAGGCCGCGAUGGUGAGGGCCAAUACAGUUAUUGCUGGACAAGU